AUGGAUGCGAAGCCACAGCGAAUUCGUGUCCGCGGGGACGAGAACAUCCCACCGUCUUUCCAGGCAGGCAAGGUCAUUCACCAGCGCAACAAGUCGACACCUGCCCUCAGCCUCGUCGCCCAGAACGCGAAGAAUGGUGCCAGACGAGCAUUCGGCGACGUUAGCAACACGAAAGAUAUGGCUCGAGCCUCUCGCGACGAUUCGGCCAUCGGUGGUAAACCAAACAUUCAGCUGGCUGAAAGCAAGGCCCCCUUGGCUCAGCCCGCCCAACGUCCCAUCUCUAUCUCCGGCAUCAAGGGUCUUCUAAACAAUGUAACUGCGAAACCAAUAAACCCUGCCGGAAAAGCCCAGCCUGCGAAAUCUGCGAAGCGCAGCAAUGUCAUUUUCCGCGAUCAACUCGAACCUGUCACGGAACGCGAAUCAUCCAAGGAAGUCCCCCAGCCUGCCCGCCGCAGCGCACCACUCGUCGAAACGAAGAGUACCCAGAAGAAAAAUAUCCAGAAAGAGCAACCAGUGGCUGUCGACGAGCCCGUCGUGUCUGAUCUGGAGAAGGUAGAGGUCAAUGAGUGGGAGGAAGUUCACAAGCCUUCCGGAUCCGACGACACCCUUUCUGACUCUGAAGAGACCAAGGCCUCCUCUCAAUAUACCAAAUACUCCGCACCCACCACACAAACUUCCAACAGCAUAGCUACCAUCUCCGAGCCUGAGGCAGAUGAUUGGGAAGAUGAAGAGGUCGACUACCUCCCGCCCUAUCUCUCACGCGCCGAUAAUACUACCGGCGGCACAACGACUGUCAUCUUCCCCCGUAUCACCUCUGUGACCAAACGCCAGAUGCUCCAAGCAAAGGGUAUUGUGGACAACUCAAGAACGGAAGAAGAUAUCCUCGAAGACUUCUUCGACUCGAGCAUGGUGGCAGAGUACAGCAGUGAGAUCUUCUUGCACCUUCGACAGAAAGAGAUCGAUAUGCUUCCUGUUCCUGAUUACAUGGCCAACCAAGCCGAGAUUCAGUGGUCUAUGCGAUCUGUCCUCAUGGACUGGCUCGUGCAGGUGCACUUUAGAUUCGCUUUGCUUCCAGAGACCCUCUUUCUCUGUGUCAACUAUAUUGAUCGGUUUCUUUCGCACAAGAUCGUAUCGCUCGGUAAAUUACAACUGGUCGGUGCGACAGCCAUCUUCAUUGCUGCAAAAUAUGAAGAGAUCACUGCUCCCUCGGUCCAGGAGAUCGUCUACAUGGUUGAUGGUGGUUAUGACGUUGACGAGAUCCUAAAGGCCGAGCGCUUCAUGCUCUCAAUCCUUGAUUUCGACCUCGGAUGGCCGGGUCCAAUGAGCUUCCUCCGUCGCAUUAGCAAGGCAGAUGACUACGACCUGGAGACUCGAACAGUUGCCAAGUACUUCCUUGAGCUGACCAUCAUGGAUGAGAGAUUUGUCUGCACGCCACCGAGCUUUGCUGCCGCCGGCGCUCACUGCCUGGCGCGCCUGAUGCUCCAAAAGGGAUGCUGGACACCCGCCCACGCAUACUACAGCGGCUACCUCUACGAGCAGCUGCAGCACGUCAUGUCGACCAUUCUGGAGUGCUGUGAGGACCCCCAUCGCCAUCACCAGGCGAUCUUCGAAAAAUACUCUGAUCGUCGCUUCAAGCGAGCCUCCCUUUACGUGGAGGCUGAAAUCCAUCGUGGUUUCAAAAUUCCUCAUCCAACAUCGCUCAAGAACCCUCGCCGUCAGGACGGUACCGAGAAUUACUAA